CCAUGAUACCACAUGCAACAGGUUAACUCCCGUUUUGCAUUGUGCAGGGUGUUGCAGGACAGGCGGGAGCAGGCCAGACAGGACCUGAAGGGACUGGAGGAGACUGUGGCCCGAGAGCUGCAGACGCUCCACAACCUCCGGAGGCUUUUUGUCCAAGACCUGGCCACUCGAGUGAAAAAGAAUGCUAAGAUGAACUCGGACGACGCAGAAAGCAGCGCCGCCCACAAACAGAAGAUCUGCUUCCUGGAGAGCAACCUCGAGCAGCUCACCAAAGCUCACAAGCAGGAGUGUGCUCCGGCGCCUAAGCAGAGUUCUCCAGACUCUGACUCCUGCCCCUCAUCUCCUAAGCACCCCUCGACCCCCUCAGAGAAGUGCGGCGUCCUCAAUGUCACCAAAAUCACAGAGAAUGGCAAGAAAGUCAGGAAGAACUGGACGUCCUCGUGGACAGUGCUGCAGGGUUCCUCCCUGCUCUUCGCAAAGGGCCAAGGGGGCAGCACCAGCUGGUCUUACUACCGCAGCGGCUCCAUCCCCGAGCUGCUCCUCACUCUCCUUAGCAGCUGGAAGCGCUCGGUCAAGCCCCGUCCUGCUGUCUCCUAUGUGAACUGUCGGCCUGUGCAGGCUGCCGCUAAGUUCGGGGGCAACCAGUCGAAGCCUGAGUUCACCGUUGAUCUGCGGGGGGGGGCGGUGGAUUGGGCCUCCAAGGACAAGUCAAGCAAGAAACACGUCAUCGAGCUGAAGACCCGUCAAGGGACGGAGCUGCUGAUCCAGUCAGAGAUCGACAGCGUCAUCAACGACUGGUACCGGGCCCUCACGGAGACCAUCAACACACACGCCUGGGAGUCAGAUGAGGCCAUCGAGGAGGACAUGCCUGAGUCUCCAGGAGCUGAGAAACAGGACAAGGAGAAAGACCACCGGGACUCCAAGAAGAGCAGGGUGAUGAAGACCUCUGUGAGUAUGGACUCAUCAGACCAGAAGAAAACCCGGCUGAAGCUCAAGAAGUUCCUGACGCGUCGACCCACCUACCAGGCCGUCCGGGACAAGGGGUACAUCAAAGAUCAGGUGUUCGGCUGCAGUCUCACCAGUCUGUGCCAGCGGGAGACCACGUCAGUACCUAACUUUGUCACAACGUGUAUCGACCAUGUGGAGAACACAGGUCUCAGUGUCGACGGCUUAUACAGAGUGAGCGGGAACCUGGCGGUGAUCCAGAAGCUCCGCUUUGCUGUGAACCACGAUGAGAAGGUGGAUCUGAAUGACAGCAAGUGGGAGGACAUCCACGUCACCACCGGAGCUCUCAAGAUGUUCUUCAGGGAGCUCACCGAGCCCCUCUUCACAUACGGGUCCUUCGAAGACUUCGUAGAGGCCAUCAAAUGCUCCGACUACAAGCAGCGAGUCAACUCCAUCAAAGACUUAAUAAAGAAGUUGCCAAAACCCAACCACGACACAAUGCAAGGCCUCUUCAAACACCUCCGGAGGGUGAUUGACCACGGGGAGGCCAACCGCAUGACCACCCAGAGCGUGGCCAUCGUGUUCGGACCCACGCUGUUGCGGCCCGAGACCGAGACGGGCAACAUCGCAGUCCACAUGGUCUACCAGAACCAGAUAGUGGAGCUCAUACUGCUCGAGUACGAGAACAUCUUCGGCAGGUAGAGGCGCCGGCUCACGACAGGAUGCCGGGCUCCCCCCCCCCCUCCCCCAUCCCCCUCCCCCUUCCUUUUCUUUGACUGAACUGAACAUUGCUGUGGACCAAGCACAUGGAAGAAAACAAAAUCCAAUUUACCUUCAUUAACAGUUUAUGAAAAAGUGUUGCACUUACAGAGGAGAAGAAUAAAGAAAAAGAUUAUAAAAAGGUGUACAGAUUUCACCCGCUCCUCCAGUGCCCAUCCUCUGCUGCGAGUAGCGGGGCCGGACACACAUGGACAGUGUUUGAGAGUGAUGGCGUGGUGAUGCGUGUACGUCCGUGUGAUGUGCUGGAUUCCAGUAUUCAGGUGUUUGUUUCUUUCCCACAUACACUGGAUCCCUGUGGCCAGUAAUUGGAACGGUGGUAACCUGUGGGGGGGGGGGGUAGGUGUGUGACAUUAAUAGCCAAACCGGCGACCUAAUCACCUCGCUGAAGGAGUGAGCAGAAUCUGAACUGGAUCAGGUUUUUCUGUGUUUUUUGUCCGUGAUGUGGUUUCAGAUCAGCUGGAACAAAAACUAAAAACCAGUGUUACGUUAACAUACUCCCAUCCUGGCACUUGGAUCAACUUGAGUUACAGACCGUGUCCCCCGAACUUACCUUAGCGACACCAUCACACACCCCUUCCUCCUUUCACGCCCACUUUCCCCUUCCAACCAGUGUUAACCAUUAACCCUGUGACCUGAGGACUUGAACGACAGAGGACCAAUCGUCUGUCUGUCUGUCUGUCUGAGUGAAUUAACCUAAGUGGAGCAAACCUGAGCAGAAGCAUCUUUGUCUGCUUACUUUGUACAAACUGUGUGUCGUGUCGUCUUACGUGCUGUGGUGAGGUUUCCGUUAAAGCUGCCUGGGGGGGGGGGGGAGAUGCUCCUUCAUCUCAGAGCUCCUGGUGUUACUGGAAACCCUCAAAGUGGAUUUCUUGGGACUGUAGCGCUGCCACGUUCUACAUGAAUUUGUCUCCGCCCGUUGGCUUGACGCCCCUUCUCUUCCUCACCCGAGCUGAUAUUAAAGUAUUCAGAAGGAGGAGCAGUACGGAGGACGUGUGGGAGCCUUUAAGAAACCCGUUCAGAAGCUUAUGUACAGUGACAGUGACAGAAACUAGUUGUCCAAAUGUGUUAUAGUGACUGAGGUAUGUAUGCAUUGAUGGUGAACUAGUGAAAGAUGAUUUGUAAAUUUGAAGUGCAACAUGACACAGGUGAAGAAAAAACACAAAACAAAGAUGUGAGCGAAUGUUCCUGUCCUCUGGAGGUGUGUCUGGAGUGUUUGCAUGGUCCGCUACAUUCUGAAUAUCAUUUUCAGGCUAACUGCUGUUUGUGAAACUGCUAUGUCUAAUAAAAGAGACAAACUAAA